CUAAUAGACUAGAAGUCCUUCCGGCCCCUUGUGACUGUGAAUUGAAUGAAUAAACGGAUGAAAUCAAGAAAUAAUUCAACUAAUAGUUCGAACCAAGAACAAGAAAUGGGAGAACGAAAGUCGUCUGGGUUCACAAAGACUCUGUGGCUAAAAAGUCAAAAAGAUAUAUCGAAGUAGUUCUGAUGAUUCAAUAAUCUUAUUACUUCAAUCCGAAGUUCUUAGUUACUUCGACUGGAUGAGUCCUAGCGAGGGAAUAAUUAAGUCAUAAUUCAUUUGUUGAUUGUAUCAUUAACCAUUUCUUUUUUUUGGUACGAGGAACGUCAUCAUGAAUCCACUGAUUUCUGCCGCUUCCCUUAUUGCUGCUGGAUUGGCCGUAGGGCUUGCUUCUAUUGGACCUGGAGUUGGUCAAGGGACUGCCGCGGGUCAAGCUGUAGAGGGUAUCGCGAGACAGCCUGAGGCAGAGGGAAAAAUACGAGGUACGCUAUUACUUAGUCUAGCUUUUAUGGAAGCUUUAACAAUUUAUGGACUGGUUGUAGCAUUAGCACUUUUAUUUGCAAAUCCUUUUGUUUAAUCUUAGCUUAGAAAUAUGAAAAAGAAAUAUAUU